GGGGUGGGGGGGCAGCCCUGCAGCUGGCUGGGACCCGGGGCUGGUUUCCUGUCUGGAAGGGAAGGGGCCCCCAGAGGGGAGCAGGGCCAAGAGCAGCCAGGCACACCCCUGCCUUUCUCCCUCUCUCGCCUCCCUUCUGCUGGAAAAGCGAGGCCUUGGAACAGCACUAGGAGAGGAAAUUUUGUCUCAGAAGCCAGAGGGGUCUAGCAGGACCGCAGAGGGACAGGGACAGCCUCUACAUUCUGUCCUAGAGCUGGCAACCUCUCUCAAGCCCAGAGAGCAGUGGGAGGAGGAACGGGGACAGCGUGCUGCCUACCUGGCCUCUCUCUGGGCAGCAAGGGAAGGGGCUCUAGGGGACACAGAGAUGCAGGACAGAUUGCACAUCCUGGAGGACCUCAAUAUGCUCUACAUCCGGCAGAUGGCACUCAGCCUGGAGGACACAGAGUUACAGAGGAAACUAGAUCACGAGAUCCGGAUGAGGGAGGGGGCCUGCAAGCUACUGGCAGCCUGCUCCCAGCGUGAGCAGGCUCUGGAGGCCACCAAGAGCCUGCUGGUGUGCAACAGCCGAAUUCUCAGCUACAUGGGCGAGCUGCAGAGGCGCAAGGAGGCCCAGGUGCUGGGGAAGACAGGCCGAAGACCUUCGGACAGUGUGCCGCCCCCUGAGCGUUCCCCUUGCCGUGGCCGGGUCUGCAUCUCUGACCUCCGGAUCCCCCUCAUGUGGAAGGACACAGAGUAUUUCAAGAACAAGGGCGAUCUGCACCGCUGGGCUGUGUUCCUGCUGCUGCAGCUCGGCGAACAGAUUCAGGACACAGAGAUGGUCCUGGUGGACAGGACCCUCCCAGACAUCUCUUUUCAGAACAAUGUGCUCUUCGCUGAGGCAGGGCCAGACUUUGAACUGCGCCUGGAGCUGUAUGGGGCCUGUGUGGAAGAGGAGGGGGCCCUGGCCGGUGCCCCCAAGAGGCUUGCCACCAAACUCAGCAGCUCCCUGGGCCGUUCCUCGGGGAAGCGUGUCAGGGCAUCGCUGGACAGUGCUGGGGGCUCGGGGAACAGUCCCAUCCUGCUGCCGACCCCGGCUGUGGGAGGUCCUCGGUAUCACCUCUUGGCCCACACCACUCUAACCUUAGCAGCAGUGCAAGACGGAUUCCGUACACACGACCUUACCCUUGCCAGUCACGAGGAGAACCCUGCCUGGCUACCCCUGUACGGGAGCGUGUGCUGCCGCCUGGCUGCUCAGCCUCUCUGCAUGACUCAGCCCACUGCAAGUGGUACUCUCAGGGUGCAGCAAGUUGGGGAGCUACGGAACGGGACGCUUGUGCACGGAGUCCUGAAAGGCACAAAGCUCUUUUGUUACUGGAGGUCUGAAGAAGCCGACACUGGGCAGGAACCGCUGUUUACUAUCGCCAUCAACAAGGAGACUAGGGUCCGGGCGGGCGAGCUGGAGCAGGCCCCAGAGUGGCCUUUCACGCUCAGCAUCAGCAACCGGUACGGAGGCGAUGAGGUGACCAACACCCUCCGGGUGGAGAGCAGGGACGCUCUGCACUACUGGAUGGAGGCCCUGUGGCAGCUCUUCUUUGAUAUGACCCAGUGGAAGCACUGCUGUGAUGAUGUCAUGAAAAUCGAAAUCCCUGCGCCCCGGAAACCCCCACAGGCGCUGGCCAAGCAGGGGUCCUUGUACCACGAGAUGGCCAUUGAGCCGCUAGACGACAUCGCAGCUGUGACAGACAUCCUGGCCCAGCGGGAGGGCACAAGGCUGGAGCCGCCCCCAUCCUGGCUAGCGAUGUUUACAGACCAACCUGCCUUGCCUAGCUCCUGCUCACCUGCUUCUGUGGCCCCAGUCCCAACCUGGACGCAACCCCUGCCCUGGGGGCGACCCCGAACCUUUUCCCUGGAUGCUGCCCCCUCAGACCGCUCCCUUGGGGCUUCUCGCUCGGUUGCACCCCUCCCCGCACAGCGAUCCCCACAGUCCAGAGGCUUCUACAGCAAAAGUCAGCUCCGCACAUGGCUGCAGUCCCCAGUGUGAGAGACAGACAUCAGCAACAGGAUCUGGCCAAGAAAGAAAACGACCCAAGGGCAACGGGGCCCUAGGUCCAGCUCUGUGGGGGCGCCGCGCGCCUCCUCUUCCUCUGCUGGACUAGGAAGGCUGGGGAGGGGUGACAGAAGCCCGUCUUAAGCUGUGGUUACCGCGGGACUGAGGGGACCACUUCUGGAGUUGGUUGGGAUCCCCUAAGCUCUUCCUGGGAGAAAACUGGAACAAGCCUGCCCUACCUCCCGGCACUAACCAGCCCCGCCCCUGAGGGGGCGGCACUAAGGAGUGGGGAGGAAAGCACCUCCCUUGUGACGUCAUUAAAGUUAUUUAACAGCUAGCUGCC